CAUGCUUAAUUGUGGCAUCAGCUCGCUAUUUUUUUUUUAACUCUUUGCUGAAUUCCAGUUGAGAAUGCUUACAUGUCUAACAUAUUGUGCAAUCGAAGGGUCAGAAAGCUUCAGGCCAGCCGCAUCGCAUGUUGUCCGAUAGAUCACGUACGUUCUUGCGACAGAAUCAAGUUCACGUCUUUCAUUGUCAUCACAUGGAAGCCAUAAAAUACGCAUCAAUAAUGUUUUGAAGUACAUUCACUCGUGACCGACCAUUGUGAAUGUUGUAUGAAAUUUGAGGAACUUGGCUAUUAAUGGAAGUCGUAAAUGUAUUAUGAAAGGCACCUUGAUUCACCGUUAAUACCUCCAUACCCUGUGUCUCUGGAUAAAAAAGGCUCAUAUCAUGCAUAUUGUUGUCAACUAUCUUGGACACCUUUGAAUGUGACAACCUCUCACGUUUGCUCACUCGGACAUAUUUUCAGCUUUUGUAAACUCUUCUCUCAACACCAUGGAUCUCCCAUCACCAUCGUUCGUCAGGGAUUUGAAGCGUCGCCUCUUCUUAUCCCUAGUAAUCUUCACCGAGAUCUUGGGGGUGCUCGCUGUGGUCCUCGUUGGGGUUUGGGUCGCGUAUUAUCCUCUGCGGUCCGGAUUUCAUUGGGACGCCCUAGGAAAAAUCUAUAUCCACCCUUUUGUGAUGACUUUGGGGAUGGUGUUUGUUUUCGGGAAUAGUACACUGAUCUACCGAGUCGGUGCCUUGAUUCCGAUUCGACGAAAGGUCAUGAAAGCUUGCCACGCGGGUAUGAUGGUCAUCGUGAUCACAUGCACAGCCCUGGGCAUCUACCUCGCCGUUACAUCAAUCGUUGGGAAGAGUCUACAGAACGUCCAUGCCGUCUUGGGCAUUGCGACAACCAUUUUGUUCGUUUUACAGUUUCUAUGUGCAUUGUUUAUCUUCGUCAUACCUUUGGCGCCUCAAUGGAUCAAAGAGUCCUACAUGCAUCUUCAUGCUUUCUUUGGGGUAUUGACUUUAGUCUCUGCUGCGGCUACUUGUCUCACGGGUGUACAGUUUGGUCAAAGUUUUUUCGGCAACCAUCCAGCCAUCUCGCUGUCUUUAACCAUCAUAGUACCGGCCUUUACAGGAACUGUCACCUACAUUCUCAGCAACGAGGUCUACCGCGCAAAGAAUUCUCAAAUCAAUUAACAAAUUGUCUGCUGAGUUUUGAGAAUUACAUGAGCUUGUCUCGGGAAGACCUGGUUUCAGCACACCCGGGGUUACUAGACUUAUAGAGUCAUUCGAAAUCAUCGUUUAACUCGGCCAUGUUUGGGCCAUUUACGAAAUACGGUGAUACAUAAUGACCAAACAGAAGAGAAAACGAUCUAGCUAAAGACAGGCGACUGCUAUAGAAUUUAGUGAUCCCUGGUUUUAGUGAUCCUUUGGUUUUGGAUAGAGAGAGGCAUGAUCUUACUAUAUGUAAUAAGGACGCAGAAACAAUUGACUGUCAUGAUUUAUUGCAAUGAUAUCCUGAGAAGGAAGUCAAUAAUUGUCAAAAUGUCGACCAUUUUUUUAAACAGGAUACACUAUUUCCUUAUGUAGGCCUAUGUUUUAAUGAAAUUGAAUUUCAAUUUGAAACAUUAUCAGGCUUACGUGCAGAUUGAGGGAAAAUCCGUUUUGGGCUCGGUGUAUAAUUUCUUCAUUUUAAACUCGAUCUAUCUCAUUGUGGUAAGAACUAAAACUUUGAUAUAUUUCUUCUCUCUUUUCUGUAUGGAAAAAUGAAUUAUUCAGUGAAGUAAUGAGUGGGAUGUAUUGGAAGGGAGGGGAAAUGUGGGGUCAUCGUGCUGUGUUCCUCCGCAAAAGCCCCGAAUAAAAUCAACUCUUUCGAUCAAUUUGUAAAUCUGUAAUUAUUUUUGUAGAUGCAUCGUAAAUUCAUUUGUACUUAGAUGGAAUCAGAAUAACUUAACAAGAAGAACAAUAUAAGAUUUAUACUAAGGACAAAUUAGUGAUGAAACUUAUAUUAUCACAAUAUAUGAAUAUCACACAUGAAUACACAACAGCUGACCAGGGUGCCGUAACACAAAGGUUAGCGAUUAAUCGCUAACAUGGCUAAAUGAAAUGACUAAUCAAGAUCCUCGUUGCAUGCGUAUUUUGCUAAGUAGACUGAUUAUGAACCAAUCAGAAUUGUUCUUUGAAAUUAGCGAUCAAUCGCUAACCUUUGUGUUACGGGACCCUGAUGUGAAUUCAGCAUGUCGAACUCCUAUAUUAAAGUCAUAUACCCAUCGCAAGAGGGCGUAAACAAACAUCUAAGUUUGUCCACAUUGAAGUGCCAUGAUAAUGAUCGGGGGGGGGGGGGGGUGGGAUGUAUUGAUUGGGUUGUGAUCAGAUAAUCUCUGUGUUAUGAUAAAUGUAAGCCUACUGAGUGGGUCGAUUCAUGUUAUGAUUAAAGCCUGCUUCCAUCAGUUUGAUAACCUAUGCUAUCAUUUCUUUUUUAUAUGAUACAGAACAUGAAUUGUACGCGAUGGUCAAAAUUUAUUAUUUUCUAAUUUAAUUCAAUAAUAUUCAUACGUACACGUAUGUUAAAGUUUCGUAUACAAAUAAAAAGAUGAAAGUGUAACACAUCUUUGGCUUCCCCUUUUUGAUUGUUUAAGUCAGUCCGUCAGCCGGGUCACAGGUCAUUAAGAUUGAUGUGAAACAGUGGCGCAAUAAACCCCCACCCUCAAUAAUGGGACAAACCAAGGCGUAAAUAAUAGGCUAUUUUU